AUGGAGCCGGCGGCAGCGGCGGCGAAGACGGUGGAGCGGCUGGCGCAGCGCCUUGUGCCGCCGGCGGCGCCGACCCCGACGGGCCCGCACCGCCUGUCGUGGCUGGACCGGUACCCGACGCAGAUGGCGCUCAUCGAGUCGCUGCACGUCUUCAAGCCCGACCCGGCGCGUGACGGGGUGAGCCCCGCGGCGACCAUCGAGCGCGCCCUCGCGCGGGCGCUGGUCGACUACUACCCGCUCGCCGGCCGCCUCGCCGUGUCCGAGACCGCGGGGGGCCUGCACGUCGACUGCAGAGCCGAGGGCGUCUGGUUCAUCGAGGCCGCCGUGCGGUGCCGCCUGGAGGACGUGGACUACCUCGAGUACCCGCUCCAGAUCCCCAAGGACGACCUGCUCCCGCACCCGCUGCCCAGGCCCAGCCACGACGAGGAGAGCAAGCUCAUCCUGCUCGUCCAGGUGGGUCAAUUAAUUCCAGCUGCAUUGUGCGGGAUUGCCUCCGUUCGCCGUGGAUUUGGGAUUCCCAGCCAGCUCUCUGACCGCCGCCCGGAUUUCGUGCAGGUGACGGCGUUCGCGUGCGGCGGCUUCGUGGUGGGGUUUCGGUUCAGCCACGCGGUGGCGGACGGGCUGGGCGCGGCCAAGUUCAUGGGCGCGGUGGGGGAGCUAGCGCGCGGGGCGGAGCAGGUCUCCGUGUCCCCCACCUGGGCGCGCGACGCCAUCCCGGACCCGCCCGGCGCGCUGGUGGGCAGCCUCCCGGACCCCACGGGCGCCAAGCGGCUCGAGUACCUGGCCAUCGACAUCUCCGCCGACUACAUCGACCACUUCAAGUCGCAGUUCGCGGCGGCCACGGGCGGGGGGCGGUGCUCGGCGUUCGAGGUGCUCAUCGCCAAGGCGUGGCAGAGCCGCACCCGCGCCGCGGGGUUCGAGGACCCGGCGGGCACCCCCGUGCAGCUCUGCUUCGCCAUGAACGCGAGGCCGCUCCUCGGCGCCACCCGCCUCCCGCGUGGCGGCGCGGGGUUCUACGGCAACUGCUACUACAUCAUGCGCGUGGCGUCCACGGCCGACAGGGUGGCCUCGUCGUCCGUCACCGACGUGGUGAAGAUCAUCAGGGAAGGGAAGAAGCGGCUGCCGUCGGAGUUCGCGCGGUGGGCGGCGGGGGAGGAGGGCGUGGACCCGUACCAGAUCACCUCCGACUACCGGACGCUGCUGGUGUCGGACUGGACCCGCCUGGGCUUCGCAGAGGUGGACUACGGCUGGGGCCCGCCCGCCCACGUGGUGCCGCUGACGAACCUGGACUACAUCGCCACGUGCAUCCUCGUCAAGCCCUGGGCCCACAAGCCAGGGGCCAGGCUCAUCACGCAGUGCGUCACGCCCGACCGCGUCGAGCGCUUCCACGACGCCAUGGUGGACAUGAACUAG